AUGAAAGAACAAAUUCAGAUAUUAAAACAUCGCAUCCAUUCGAAUUGUUUACCAUCAGCAUUCAAUCUUCUUGAUUAUUCACUUAAUAAAAUUGAUAAAAUACUUAACCGAUCGAAACAAUCUUCUACUAAUGAUGAUGAUAACAAGCAACAAACAAUAUUAUCUGCUCGUCGUUUAAAAAAAAUUGACCGAUUUAAAUAUGAUAUGCUUGAAUUAAGUAUAGCAACUGGUGAAGAAAAAGUACGCUAUUGAAAUAAAAUAGCGAAAAAUGGAAAAAAUAAAUUGGUAGCUAUUACCGAUAAUUAAAGAUAAACAAUUCAGAUUCAGAUAUAUUCAAACAACUAAUGGUAGCUAUUGAAGCACGUGAAAAAUAUAUGAUCGAACGAUCUGAUUAUAUUACACAACAAAACUUGAAAUCUGUUUUCGAUGAAACUCCAGCGUCACAGGACAAUACAACGAACAACGAUGGCGUCGAAACAAAUCAAAAUUAAAUAUUCGAAACCAUACGGAUAUGUUUCUUUGUUUAUAUUUUGCCAAUACUAUUAUAACAUUAUCGAAUGAACAAUUGCUUAUUCCGAUGUCAACACUAAACGCAGAAAUUGUGCGUUUAAACGCGUUUUUCUUGUGAAACGCGACUGGACUCAGUCAAAAGACAAUAAAAACCACGUCUGCACGCGAUUUUGCACAGACCGCAUCUAAACACGACUGGACUAAGACUUCAAGCGCAUCUUAACGUGUUUUGAUUUGGAAUCGCGCCUCUAGUGAAACAUUUCUUGCGUCUAGACGUGGUUUUACUUGC